CCGACCAGACCCCUACUCAACUCUCAUUUCACUGUAACAAAAGGAAAAACCUCAAAUAACACUUUAAUUGCUUCUAAACUAAACCAAUCAAGCACGUCUAAUCCCACCUCAAAAAGCGCCACCUCUGACUCCCUCCCCUUCUUUCUGUUUUAAAUACUCCCAUUAGUCAUUUCUAAAAAAAGCAAUCUCUCUCUCUUUCCUCUCUCUCUUUUCUCUAAUCUCUAUAAUUGAGUCCCAGUCGUCCCCUUUCAAAAAAAGAAAAUGGCCAGGGAGUUGAAGGAACCACCACCUACAAGCAUCAUCAACUCUGCCCAGCACCAGGGUCAUGAAGAGAAAGACCUGGACUUCGGAUCUGACGAACUUGAGCCACCAUUGCCCCUCACCGUGACUUCGCGGGUGUUGUAUAUGUUGGGAGACAUUACUGCUGGACCGGCAUAUCGGUUCACCCAAUGGUUGGAACUUGUUCGUAAACGUAGCGGCAAGUACCGUUCCUCCGGCUUCCCUCGCCGCCUUCAUAGGCUUCACACUAUGCCUUUUAGUGCAGGAGAAUCACCAAGUGAUUCUAAAGGUCCUUUGCAAGCUGAGCAAGCUUCGGAAAUCAAUUUGUGGGAAAAACUAGGGAAAGCCGGUAUGUUGGAUAUCGAGUCAAGCUCUUUUUCUUGGGAUAUGCUUUCUUCACUUCAUCACACUGAGCAUGGUAGCAGCACUGAGCAGUCUGAGGAUGAACUGAAUAAAGCCCUUGAGGUUACUGUAAAUUCUGGGGGAGUUGUUUUCUUUGCGUUAUUCAACCAGCUCAGUUUUGAUGAUUUUCCUCUAAACGAAGCUGCAGCUGUUAUAAAGUUCUCGUCUUCAAGGAUGGCCACCCAAUCAGAACGCCUUGGCUAUGAACUUGCCAAGUGGCUGGGAGUCAGAACUCCUCAGGCUAGAGUAAUUCACAAUUGUAAUCCAGAGUGGCUCCAGAUAAGGGAAGCUGCAGAAAAAGCAAGAGCUACAGCAACCUCAGAAGGAGACGAGAUUGGUGAAAUGACUUGUACUGAACUUCUGGAAGCACUUGAACUUAGUCGAUGCCUUCUCUUUAUGAGUUAUGUUCAUGGAUCUCCUUUGUUGGAAAGCUCAAAUGCAUUUGAAUCAAGGGAAACUGCAGCAAAGACUGCAGCAGCUCUUGGCAGGAUCUUGAUGUUGGACCUUGUCAUUAGAAAUGAAGAUAGACUCCCUUGCCGUGAACUCAGAUGGCGCGGAAAUCCUGCAAAUCUGUUGUUGGCAGACAAAAUGGCUUCUGUAAGUAUGGAUGCACUGGAGGAAGCGUUUGAUUCUGCUAUUAAGAGAUAUCGACCAAGAGUGCUUAGAGCUCUUCAAAAGGACCGAAGGGCCACUUCAAUAGAUUGCAGAUUGAAUGCUCAUAAUCCAGGAUUGGUAUCACAGAGUUCAGAUCUUUCUGAUAUCAUAGAAUCUCCAAAAUCUAGUGAAAUGAGCCGAAGAAGUCAAACAUUAGAUGAAUCAACUGGUGCUGAAGUUCAUAUUGUGGCUAUUGACUCUGUUGUCCCUCGCCGUCCUCCUGCAGGAAAACGUGCAAAUGACCAGGCAAAUUAUCCUAAGUUGGUCGAGUUACUUCUCAACAGUUCUGAGUACUCCUCUAAUCUGUUACGUGACAUAACAGGAGGGAAGUUGGGAUCCCCUUCGUUAGAAGAUGCUGAGACAACUGAUGUGCAGGUGGCUGAAAUGAAUUCAGUUGCUCAUGAAUUUCGCAGUGGGUUCCGUGCUGCUCUCAGAGAUCUUCAAGGAUUUCAUAUAUUCCUGCUUACACUUCACCAAAAACUGGAUGGCCUGUUACGAGCAUUUUUGAAUAUCAUAAAUAAGACUUCUGGGGAUUAUGACAAGGAUGAAUGUGUGGUCCCUGAAUCACCUUCAAAUCCUCCUGCAGUUGUCCAUUUUCUAUCUCCAUCAAGCAAGGAGCGGUGCUUUAAUGAUAGCAAUCCAGAAUAUAGUGAUACAGAAUUGCAAAAAACAGCUCCAAGGUCAUCAUCUAAAGAAAGUUCAGACUCUACUUCCCCCAUGUCACGAGAGGGAUGGCAUGGAAAGUUUCACAAGGGGAGUGGAGAUCGUAGUCUCCGUUUGACAGCAAAACUCCGUGAUUUCCAUAAAUGGGCCAAGGUUGAUGCUGAAUCAAGUAAAGAAUUGGAACAAUGGAACGAAAUGCUGAAAAAUGAUGCUGUUAAACUCUGCAUGGAAAACAAUUUUAAUUCAGGGUUCUUUGAAGGUAGUGAUCAUAACAGUGUUGUUGAUGCAUAUGAAUUGAAGGUCAGACUUGAGCACAUUCUUGAGAGGAUAACAUUUAUAUCUGAGGCUGCAAAUACAGAGAAGCCAUCUUCAGUUACAGGUAGGCUGUUCAUUGGCGGAGCCCUGGCUGCAAGAUCUGUUUACACGCUGAAACAUUUAGGUAUUACUCAUAUAUUGUGUUUAUGCUCCAAUGAAAUCGGACAGUCAGAUUCUCAGUAUCCAGAUCUAUUUGAGUACAAAAAUUUUUCUAUUAGUGACCAUGAGGAUACAAACAUCACCAGUAUCUUUGAAGAAGCUUCAGAUUUUAUUGAUCAUGUUGAACAAAUUGGCGGGAGGGUUCUAGUGCACUGCUUUGAAGGAAGAAGUAGAAGUGCAACACUGGUGAUGGCAUACUUAAUGCUCAGAAAAAACUUUACACUAUUAGAAGCAUGGAACAACCUAAAACGAGCUCAUCGCCGAGCCCAGCCCAACGAUGGGUUUGCAAGGAUUCUACUGGAUCUAGACAAGGAACUGCAUGGGAAAGUCUCAAUGGAAUGGCAACAGCGGAAGCCAAUGAUGAAAGUGUGUCCGGUAUGUGGGAAAAAUGCUGGUCUGAGCAGCAGCUCACUUAAGCUUCAUUUGCAGAAAGCACACAAGAAGCUAUCAUCGGGAAGCGUGGACAGUGCCAUGAAUAUGGAGAUACAGAAGGCGUUAGAUGCACUUAAAAUAAGCAGAAGUGGGAGUGUGAGUCCUACACAAAGAGAAUCUAAUUCCCUUAUGGAUGAGUAAGAAUACCUUUUGGCUAUUACUGCAUUCUCAAAACGUCGUUGUGGCAUUGUCUUGGGGGCCGAAACAGCAAACAUAGUCUUAAAUGAAAGAAUACAAACUCAUGUAUAUUAACUUUUGAAAGUUAGAAAAUCAAAUAGGGUAUUCAACAAGUCAAAUACUGUAACUGGGCUUCAGUCCGCAACACCUUAUGUGUAAUUCCGGUAGAUCAGAGCAAUUGAACUAGUUUAUUCUCACAA